CUCUCUAGACCAAUUGAGGAUCAAUAUUAAGAACAGCUGACACUUAAUGAUGCCAUUUAUCAGACAGACUUUCAAAUAACAGAUAGCAUAUGAAUUUAACAGUAUAUUUUCCAGUUAAUAUACAACAAGGAAAGACUGGCAUACAAGUGACUACUUUGUCUUAAAACUCUGCUUUUGAAACAUCAAGGAUGGAUUAUCCCAAAAUGGAUUAUUUUCUGGAUGUCGAGUCUGCUCAUAGACUCUUGGAUGUUGAGUCGGCUCAAAGAUUCUUCUACAGUCAAGGAGCUCAAGCUCGCCGGGCGACCCUGCUUCUGCCUCCCACAUUAAUGGCGGCAUCUUCGGAGGAUGAUAUAGACCGGCGGCCCAUCAGAAGAGUCCGCUCCAAGAGCGACACACCAUACCUUGCAGAGGCCAGGAUUUCCUUUAACCUCGGAGCAGCUGAGGAAGUGGAGAGGCUGGCGGCCAUGCGUUCUGACUCCCUUGUCCCAGGUACCCAUACCCCACCCAUCCGGAGGAGGAGUAAGUUUGCCAACCUGGGAAGGAUUUUCAAGCCUUGGAAAUGGAGGAAGAAGAAAAGUGAAAAGUUCAAACACACAUCUGCAGCCCUGGAGCGGAAAAUAUCAAUGAGGCAAAGCAGAGAGGAGCUGAUAAAACGAGGAGUUUUGAAGGAAAUUUAUGACAAAGAUGGCGAGCUCUCCAUAUCAAACGAGGACGACUCCCUGGAAAACGGGCAGUCCCUGAGCGCCAGCCAGCUGUCCCUGCCUGCCCUGUCCGAAAUGGAGCCAGUCCCUAUGCCCAGAGAUCCCUGCUCGUACGAGGUGCUCCAGCCUUCAGACAUCAUGGACGGCACAGUGUCUGAAGAGAGUCCCUCUGCCAGUGAGUCUGGAGUCCUCCUGUCCCAAGAUCCUUCAGCCAAACCAGUCCUGCUACUGCCCCCCAAAAAACCUGCUGCUUUCCCUGGAGACCAUGAGGAGACCCCAGUGAAGCAGCUAUCCCUUCUCAAGCAACCCCCUGCCCUGCCUCCCAAACCCACUGCCAGGAUUGCCAACCACUUAACAGAUCCUGGUGCCCCUGUGAAAUUGCCUUGUCUGCCAGUGAAACUGUCGCCUCCGCUACCUCCAAAGAAAGUCAUGAUCUGUAUGCCUGUAGGGGGGCCAGACCUCUCCCUGGCAUCCUACGCAGCCCAGAAGAGUGGCCAGCAGGGUGGGGCCCAGCACCACCACACAGUCCUACCAUCCCAGAUCCAGCACCAGCUGCAAUACGGCAGCCUCAGCCAGCAUCUCCCCUCCACCACCGGCUCCCUCCCCAUGCACCCGUCGGGCUGCAGGAUGAUAGACGAGCUGAACAAAACACUGGCCAUGACCAUGCAGAGGCUGGAAAGCUCUGAGCAGCGGGUUCCCUGUUCCACUUCGUACCACAGCUCUGGUUUGCACUCGGGCGACAGUAUCACAAAAGCAGGAACUCUGGGCCUUCCAGAAAUAAGACAAGUGCCAACUGUUGUGAUUGAAUGUGAUGACAAUAAAGAAAAUGUGCCUCAUGAAUCAGACUACGAAGACUCUUCUUGCCUCUACACAAGAGAAGAGGAGGAAGAGGAGGAUGAAGAGGAUGAUGACAGCUCAUUGUAUACCAGCUCCCUGGCCAUGAAGGUGUGCAGGAAGGACUCCUUAGCCAUCAAACUCAGCAACAGGCCCUCCAAGCGAGAGCUGGAAGAAAAGAACAUCCUUCCCAGGCAGACAGAUGAAGAAAGACUGGAGCUGAGGCAGCAGAUUGGCAGCAAGCUCACCAGGCGGCUGAGCCAGAGGCCGACUGCAGAGGAAUUGGAGCAGAGGAACAUUUUGAAACCUCGGAAUGAACAAGAGGAACAAGAGGAGAAAAGAGAGAUCAAGAGGAGGCUAACUCGAAAGCUCAGCCAAAGGCCCACAGUGGAAGAACUUCGGGAAAGAAAGAUCCUCAUCCGCUUCAGCGACUACGUAGAGGUAGCAGAUGCUCAGGACUAUGACCGCAGGGCCGACAAGCCAUGGACCCGCCUCACCGCCGCCGAUAAAGCUGCCAUUCGAAAGGAGCUCAAUGAGUUUAAAAGCACUGAGAUGGAAGUUCACGAAUUGAGUAGACAUCUAACAAGGUUUCACCGACCUUAACAGUCAAAGUCCUCUUGAGUGCUAUGCUGUCUUCAAAACAUAAAUUUAUAAGAACCAUAAGUGCUGGUAUUUAUUCACUUCCCCAUCACGAUGUAAAUCUUCUGAACUGCCUUUUUUAAAAAGAAGAAGAAAAAUAAAAGGAAACACAAUCAAGAUUCUGUUUGCGAAAGCACCAUGGUUACUGCUCCCCGGUCAGAGCUGCUGGCACCACCGCAGACCCCAGACUGUACCCAUCACCGGCAGGGCUGCCAGCACCGGCGGCACCUCAGCGAAGACUCUCCGACCCUCAGAGCAGCCCCAGUCCUCUCCAGCCAAGCCCAGCAGGCUCUGCAUUCACUUGGGCUCCAGGGAACCUCUUCCUCAAAAGUAUCUGUCACCUAAGUCCAAAGAAAGCCAAGGUGGUGGGUGUGGCCUGGGAAGGACUUCACAAAGCAAAUGAUCUGGUCGGCCUUCUAGACCCGGCCAAACACAAUGGCUGCAGGCAUGGCUUCUGGUUUGGGAUCCCCGUAGGAGGAGGAUGCUGAGAGGGAGCACUGGCUCAGUUGCACUGACCUUUCUCCCUCUGGCCACCCUCCAUGCAGCGAGCAAAAGGGAAGAGCCCUUUUCCCAGGGGGAGUCUGUGGUUGAUGGUCAGUCCUAAGAGUGCUUGUGUUCCAGGCAUGCGAGGCUGACACUGAAUGCCUAUUCUGUCCCCUAGACAGAGGUGAGCUGCCUUCCAGGGAGCUCUGAUUUGGAAGGGGAAAGUCGCCAUCUGCUCAGUUCAAGUGAACUGACCCAUUGUAUUCAAAGUCCAAUGUUACAGGUGAUCUUAAUGCACAUGAACAGCCAUCGCUAAGGUGUGCCUAUAGUAUCAUGCUCGUGAGCAAAAGGACCAUAUUGAGGGCACAAAGGCUGAAGGCUGCCAUGAGAAACUCGGCUUGGCUGAGGUGUCAUUUUCUCAGUACGCCCCAGCACUGGUGACUGUAUGGCUGGGAGUUAAUGGCUUCUGAGUGUAGAACCAGUGCCUGCAGGCCAGAAACCAUGCCUGAAAGACUGGUGUCCCAGUCACUGAUGAGCUGAUUGGUACCCUAGAAGCACUUGAUGGCCUUCUCGUCUCCUGUCUUUGCACUGAAGAGUCUCUAUGGAAAAGCCCCAGAGCAUGGCACGGGCCAGAAUCAUGCCAACACCAGCCACGCCUGCCUUGUGCUGUGCCUCCCCGCUCAUAUUUAUCCACAGAGAACCCUUCAUGUCCUCAUAAGGCUGGUGAGGGUGAUUGGAGACAUAUCCCUAACUGUUCUCCUCACUUGGGACCACAGGAAAGCAUGCCCUGUUAACUGAGGGCAGCAUGUGCAGUGAGAGAGAGAACAAGUCCCAAACCCUAACGGCCGUCUCCCUGGGGCCCAUUGCAGCAGUUCUGUUUCUCUCCUGGGCGCUUGCAGGGCCUCCGUCGCCAGGCUCUGCCUGGCUGCCCGCAGUGGUCUCAGAGUUACCAUGAUCUUCCCAGGGAAUGGGUCGCUCUCCACCACACAUGCCCAGGAUUUAGAAAGAUGCCAGCUUGGCCUUCACAACAAAGAGUUAACCAGUCCCCACCACCAACUGUGUGGGACGCAGGUUACUCUUGGGAUGCACGUCAUCAGUGAGGCCACUCACUUUCUGCAGGCAUUCUCGGCUCUCGUGGCCAUUACCCAGAGCUGUGUGUAUUUGCAGGGAUCUCUGGGCAGUUCUCCAGGCACUGCCCACCAGCCGCUGCAAAGCUGCAUAUGCUUUGCUCGCAGCACCUGGAACGAGCACGCUGCCACCCGUCCCAGGAGGAUGCCAUCACUAGACCCUUUUUUUUCUUUGAAUGCUGAAUCUGAAUAGUUACUGACAUGGGUAGAAGUACCUUCAGGGAAAAUGUGUGUGGUCAGGACUUCAGUGUGGCUGUAAGCACUGUCUUCCCAAAAGGCUUGCUGACGUCUGAAUGUGCAAAUGAUGUGACAAAAGAUGUAGGGCUCUUUCAUUUGACUUCUCUAUGGCAGGCACCUAUUCGAGGCGGAGGUGCCUGCUUUGCUGGGAGCUGAGUCUGAGCUUCCUCUUCCUGGCAGCUGUGCUUCUGGUGGCUCGCAGUGCCCUGGCGGCAGGGUCAGGCCUUCCCCCUGGCCCAGGAGCCAGUCCAGUGGAAACUCAUUCCAUGACCAGGGCUCCUCCAACCAAGGCCAGUGGCUUCUCUGCUUGCCUGGGUUCUUGGGCCUUUAGGAUUCCAGGGGACUUGAGGCCCAAACCAAUUUCCAUGGAGCCAGCCAGCUGGUAGUCCAGGUUUUCCGCCCAAAGUGCCCUACUCUUGCAGUCCCCUUUGUUCAUGGAAGAAGCUGAACACAUGCUCUACUUGUCUUCCUGCAGAGUGCCAUUCUCCAGAAGUCACUUGCAGGGUUAGGGGUGCACCCUCCAUGCCACUGAGAGCUCCCACCACAGAGGUGGGUGAUUUCAGACCCACUGUAAGUGGCUCAGCAGCCUCAGUGGACCCCAGAUGGCACCUCGGCUGUCUCUUUCCUUUCCUGAUAUCUUGAGGUCUUUACAGAAAUCUAUCCAAAUUUCUUUUUUGCCACAUUAUUAUGACAAUUGAAAAAUGUGUGUUACUUUCUACGAUGACAAAUUGACAUUAAUUAUGGGGCGGGGAGGAUGGCCUACCUGGUUUACAAUGCGUUCCUUUUCUGAAAAAGCUGUUUUUUCAAGUAAAGUUUUAUUUCCUGUGUAUAAAUUUCCAGCUGAGCCUCUUGUCAUUUGGAUUAGCAUGAAAGGAAAAAUGUGGUAUUUCUCAGAUCGAAAUGUUUCCUUUGAAACAAGACACUGCCCAGCCCCCCGUUGCCUCUGUGACAGACCAGUGCCAUCGGUCGGCCUCUGUGCUCUUUCGAAAUUGCGCUGUUCCCUCCCAAGACCCCCAAAGCCCUGGAAAACGUGAAACUUUAGCCUUUAUAUCAGAUUAGAGAAACCAAACAGUGUGAUGGUAGAUGUGGUGAAACCUCCGAGUUUAUUUUUCUCCCGCUUAUGAACGUGUAUCUCUAUUUGCUGAAUGACAACCGUGGAGUGUGCUUCGGUGAAUGGCCGCCCGGCUCCCCCUGCGCACAGCCAGUGUGCCGAGGUCACCUUAAGUGAGUUCUUCCUCCCAUUUGUCUGUUAAUCCCCAAACCGGUUGCUUUUUCCACUUGCUUCCCAGGUGUCUGUACAUAGUUUUUCUUUGUAUAGGAGAGCUCUCUCGUGUUCAAAUUUAACAGACGACGGCUGUGUGAGGAAGACAAUGUAAAUAGAAUACAAAUUAAACUGGAUCUCUAUGGCCUAGGUUUUGUACAUACAGAAACUGCAUGGUAUUUAAAUUAUUGUUUGUCUCUGAUGAUGUAUGCAGUUUCUUUAAAAACAAUUCAAAAAACCUUAAAAAAUCA